AUUACCGCGGUUCGUGUAGCGUGACUCGGCCACUGGAUAUCUCAAAAUGGCUCACAUUCUACGGCUAUCAAUUUUAGCCAUCGUAUAUCUAUACAUAGUCGCAGCUAAAUCUAACGAUAAGCAGCCGAACUGCCAAGAGUUCUCCAAGAACGUUACGUUCAAAGAUUCUCAGGCGAUCGGAGUCUGGCACUUGCUGCAUUUUAAAACUGAAAAAACUAAAGGUUCUGGCGAAUCGCACUGCGUCGAGUUUACAAAUGUCGGGGAACAGGAAAACAAAGACCUUCAAGAACGCAUUGGACAGUACGUAGAGAAUAUGAAUUGGGAUAAACUACUAAUAAAGAUGCAGAUUCCUUGCUCCAGCGUAAAAUCUAACAAAACCAGAGACUAUUAUUUGGAGAAACUAGAAGGCGACGGCUCGUAUAGAACACUACAAAUGCCUUCUCCUACUGCAAAACUAGACCUAGCUCAGUUCCACCGCUACCCGAUGCGGCUCAAGCUGGUGGAGGGUCAAUACCUGGCGAUGAUGGACUGCCACGAGAAGUUCGUGUUCCUGCUGGGCAAGCAGCCUCCCACAGCUGACCUCGAUGAUCGCAUCAAGAAGAUGAUCGACGCCUACUGGCCUGACGAACUUUAAACUGGAAAUAUUGUUAAAAUUGGCGAAUAUUUCUAAAAUGAUAAAUAAAUGUUAUCAC